AUGUCGCAUGCAUACCCUCCUCACUCGCCUGCGUCUAGCAGCAGUGAUAGCAGUGAUAGCGAGAGGCACCAUGAUGAACCUUCUAGACACAUUGGGCAGGUGUCCGCCAGAGGUGAUUUCGUUCAGAAGUCGCAACCUUAUGGCGGUAUGCCACCUUCUCAAAGCUCUGAGAUGUCAGCUGCGUCCUCUGCUGCCCCUAGUCCUGAUCAACGUGCCUCGAGACCCUUAGAUGUGAGCAAUAUGCUCAACCCAACCCCCAAUAGGGGUGACGGUCAAGGCGCUCGACGACGGAAUGCGGACGAGGCAGAGCUUGACACACCUCAGAGAAUAUCAUCUACACCUCAUCAACCUCCUUUCACAAGAUCACAUCCUCCGUCGCCAACUGAUAGGUACGAUCUUUCUAUGAUGAAGGAAGGUGCACAUCACGGCGGAUCCUUUUCAAGGAGCAUUAAACAACCAGUUCCACCAUCAGCCAAGCAGAGAGAUGGUCCGCUCCCAAUGAUCGAGCCACACCAGUCCUCUGUCUCGUCGGCUGGAACUCCUCCCAGACAUCCUGCUACCUUGGCAUCACCAGCAACUGGACAAAUGCACCCAGCAGGCGGGUUUCCUUUCCCACCGAUCAAUGGACAGCAUACUCAGGGCCAACCUCCACAUUCGCAACCCUCCAUGGCAACUUCUCCAAGCUCUUCACCAUUUUCCAGGACUCAACCUCCACAUUCAUUGCCCCCCAGCUACUCACAGACCAGUCCUGUCUACCCAAUGAACCCCCCUUUCCAUGAAGGGCAUUCAUCGUCGCCUAUGGGUCGGACUAAUAGCCAGCCAUCCACAUAUGGGCUUCAUCUUGCAGGGUUAGAAGGCCUUGCUAUUCCUGUAGAUACUACUGCUGCUUCGAAGUUAGCUGACGAGAAGAGGAGAAGAAAUGCUGGCGCCUCCGCUAGGUUUAGGCAACGGCGUAAGGAAAGGGAAAGAGAGAUGGGCUCCAGAAUAGUUGAGCUUGAGACUCGACUAAAGGUCGUUGAAGAAGAGAGAGAUCACUAUCGGAAUCUCGCAAUGAGAUACGCCGGGACACCGCUCCCUAACACAAUAUCAUCAUCUCUUGGGAACCCUCAGCAACAAAUUUCACGACACAAUAAUCACGGGCUCCAGCUCUCGCCCAGGACUAUGGCAAGAGCCAACCAGCCACACUUAAUGAACGAAGGUCCCUAUACAUCUCCUGCUUAUGCUCAUGUCAGGGAGGAAGCUCUUGCAAGCCCCGGUAUCCCACUCAGUCGUACUCUCUCGACAGAGGGCCGACGAGUCGGCAGAGCCUACUCUGCAGGCCAGGUUUACCCCAAUGGUAUGCCUGUAGGAGCCCAUGAUGGUCCAGACCGACCGUUGAUGGAAACAUACAACGUGAAGUCUCGCAAUGGCUCACUACACCAUCCUCGUCCUCAAUCAAUCCCUGAACACAUCAACGGUCGGGAUAUCAAGACCGAAUGGGGUUCUCGAUAG